GGGCAGCGUCGGGCUCCGUAGGCGAGGAAAUAACGACCCCUGCAGUUGCAUUGCGGAAAAUCGCGGCGGCGGCGGCGGCACUAGUUGCGGGCGAUGGAAGCGAGACAACUGGGGGUUCCUAGGAGCCCAGGAAAAUAGCAGAGGAACGGGAACCGCGCGCACGACGUGGGGAGCCCGCGGGCCCCCGAUGCGCCCGGGUCCCCGACGCGCUCUGGUCCCAGACACCCCGCCUUCGGCGCUCGGCGCCCUGGACGCGCCGCCCGAACCGGGCUCGGAGGCGGCGGGCUGAGCGUGGACUUGGGGAGCAGGGAGGGUCCGCGGAGGCUGCCGGCGGUUUCGGGCAAUAAUUCCUGCCUCUCUUUCUCUGUCUCCCCUGUCUGCGGUGUCGUCUCCAACCCCCGCCCCCCGGAAGCAGGAGGAGAGCGGCCCCGGAGCGCGGCAGCCAGCCUCUGACCAUGCCCCGGUGAGGGGGGCGGACUUCGAGGGCAACUUGUCGCGGACUACCUGGGCUUAGCCAGCGAGCUGCGAGCGCCGGGGGCCCGGAACUGUGCGGCGCGGCCCGGCGGGGGGCUAUCGUCUAUGUCUUCUUGGGGCGCCAGGCGGAUCGGGGUCUCGUUUUUGCAGGAAGAACCCGGCGCUGGUGGCUUCAGGUGGCUGCUGCCACCGCGGCUAGUGCUGUUUCCGCCUCUCGUGCGAGGAGCAGAGACCGGCGAUCGGGGAGACCUCCGGGGCAGCGAGGCAUCGGACAUGUGUCAGCACAUCUGGGGCGCACAUCCGUCCAGCCCGAGGGGAGAUUUGCCGGAACAAUUCAAACUGCGAUAUUGAUCUUGGGGGUGACUGUCCCUGGCCGGCUGUCGGGUGGGAGUGCGAGUGUGCGCUCGCUUGCAAGUGUGUGCGUGUUUGUAUGUGUGUGUGCCGUGUCGGGCUCCCCCUUCCCCCCCUGUUUUCCCGUCGAGUGAUGCACUUGGAAUGAGAAUCAGAGGAUGGAAAUAGUCUGGGAGGUGCUUUUUCUUCUUCAAGCCAAUUUCAUCGUCUGCAUAUCAGCUCAACAGAAUUCACCAAAAAUCCAUGAAGGCUGGUGGGCGUACAAGGAGGUGGUCCAGGGAAGCUUUGUUCCAGUUCCUUCUUUCUGGGGAUUGGUGAACUCAGCUUGGAAUCUUUGCUCUGUGGGGAAACGGCAGUCACCGGUCAACAUAGAGACCAGUCACAUGAUCUUCGACCCCUUUCUGACACCCCUUCGCAUCAACACUGGGGGCAGGAAGGUAAGCAGCCAUGUUGCUUCCGUUGCGAAGUUAAGGACGCUGGGAGAUGCUGAUUCUGAAAGCUAG